GUUUGCAACGGAAAGGAAAGGGGGAAGAAGAAGGCAAGGCAGUAGUAGUAGUGCGGGGAGGGAGAAAGCGAAAAGAAAGAAAGAAGGGUAAAAAAAAGUUUCCCUUUUUCAACAAGACCAGAAGAAACGCAUCACUGCAAAUUCUCUCCUCUUCUUCCUCCUCCUCCUUGGAUUCCCCUUUUACUUUCAUCCCCCUCUCUCUCUCUCUCUUCUAAGAGAAACAGCUGCUGCAGUAACAGCCUACUUUACCCAGAUUUCGAAAUUUGAAAUUCCAAGACAGCAGCAGGCGUGUAAAUUUAGUGGGUUUUUGUUCAUACUUCUCUACUUUGUUCGGAUUAACUCAAUUCUGCCACGAAUAAGAGAUCAUAAGCCAAUUUUGGUGGGUCUUUUACCAUAUUCAGUGGGCUUUUCGUCUUAUUUUUGCUGAGAAUUUAACUUUCCCACGUCUCUGGAUUUUAGCCCAAAAAUUGGUUGGUGCUUGCUAGGGUUUGUGAAAAAUCUUCCUUGAUCCCGUAAAGGGUGUUGUUUGUUUGAAUCUGAAAAUUAGUCCUUGAGUGUUUCUUUGUGGAAAGAUGCAAUAUUUCUUCAUCUUUUAAUAUAUAUAUUUGUUCGUGUGUGUGUUUGUGUGUGUGGGUUUGACUUGAUUUGGUUGGGGUUAAUAAUCCCCCAUCUGGUUAUAGUGGAGAUCUGGGAGCUGUUUAAUGUCUUAUGCUCUAUGAGGGCUUUCUUUCCAUCAGAAUCUUGUAAAGAAGCUCAUGUAAAAGCUUUCAAUCCACAAGCAUGGCUACAAGUUGAAAGAGGAAAACUUUCAAAAUGUUCAACCCAAUCAUCAUCAUCUUCAAUAGAAUCAUUCAUCAAGGUCCCUGACCCCCCGAUUCUCCCCUUCUUUAAACCGGUUGAUUAUGUUGAAAUCUUAGCUCAAAUACAUGAAGAGCUCGAGUCUUGUCCUCCAAAUGCAAAAUCAAAUCUUUAUCUCUUGCAAUACCAAGUUUUUAAGGGUCUUGGGGAAUUCAAGCUUAUGAGGAGAAGCCUACGCUCGGCUUGGACUAAAUCGAGCACUGUUCAUGAAAAACUAGUCUUUGGUGCUUGGUUGAAGUAUGAAAAACAGGGCGAAGAGCUUGUUUCAGAUCUCCUCUCUGCUUUUGGCAAAACUUCCCAUGAAUACGGGCCUUUAGACAUUGCUUCCGAGAUGCCAACCGAUGUAAGUAUGUUCUCUUCUGAUUCUGUCGAACUGAGUUUGGAUCGGUUAUCGAAAACAGUUUCAUUUCGAAUUGGGGAUGAGAAGAUAGAGUGUGAUAGGCAGAGAAUAGCUGACCUUUCGGCUCCUUUUAGUGCAAUGCUUAAUGGGUGUUUCAUAGAAUCUCAACUAGACGACAUCAAUUUGUCAGAAAAUAAUAUCUCCCCUCUCGGUAUGAAGGUAGUAUGUGAAUUCAGCCUGACAGGCGAGUUAAGAGACGUUCCUUCAUCUCUUCUAUUAGAAAUUCUGGCUUUUUCGAACAAAUUUUGCUGUGAACGGCUUAAAGAUGCGUGUGAUCGUAAGCUAGGUUAUUCGAUAAACUCCAGAGAGGAUGCUAUUGAUCUAAUGGAAUAUGCACUUCAAGAGGAUUACCCAGUUGUUGCCGCCUCAUGCUUACAAAUGUUUCUACAAGAACUUCCUGAUUCCCUCAACGAUGAACGAAUUAUUCACCUACUCGGAAACGCUAACCAGCAGAGCCGAUCUAUCAUGGCUGGCUCUGCCUCGUUCGCACUGUACUCCCUUUUAAGCGAAGUUGCAGUAAAUUUGGAUCCUCGAUCAGAUAAAGUUGUUGCUUUCCUGGAAAGAAUGUUGGAAUCGGCCGAAACUAACUGCCAAAAGCAAUUGGCUCAUCAUCAAUUGGGUUGUGCUAGAUUUUUGAGGAAAGAAUACGAUGAAGCAGAGGAACAAUUCAAUAACGGUUUGAGUUUAGGCCAUGUUUACUCGAUCAUCGGUUUGGCAAGAAUUUGUAACAUAAACGGCCAAAAGCUUUCUGCAUACCAAAAACUUAGAUCCGUGAUUUCUUCGGGCUGCCCGCUUGGUUGGAUGUAUCAAGAAAGAUCGUUGUAUUGCGAUGGCGAUCAGAAAUGGGCAGAUCUCGAGACUGCAACCGAGCUUGACCCCACGUUAAUUUAUCCUUAUAUGUAUCGGGCAUUGUUGUUGAUGAAGAAACAAAACAUCGAGGCUUCACUUAAGGAAGUCAACCGUGUCCUUGGCUUCAAACUUGCAUUGGAAUGUUUAGAACUCCGAUUUUGUUUCUAUCUUGCUCUCGAGAACUAUGAAGCCGCUCUUUGCGAUAUUCAAGUGAUGUCCACACUCUCCCCAGAUUAUAGGAUGUUUGAAGGGAGGGUUGCGGCAUCCCAACUUCGUACUCUUGUCCGAGAACAUGUUACAAAUUGGACAACCGCCGAUUGUUGGCUGCAGUUGUAUGAUAAGUGGUCAUCGGUUGAUGAUAUCGGAUCCCUUUCUGUAAUUUACCAGAUGCUUGAAUCCGAUGCAGCUAAGGGAGUCCUCUAUUUCAGACAAUCUUUGCUUCUCUUAAGACUGAACUGUCCAGAAGCAGCCAUGAGAAGUCUACAAUUGGCUCGAGAACACGCUUCAACAGAUUACGAGCGAUUGGUUUACGAGGGAUGGAUCUUAUAUGACACAGGACACUGCGAGGAAGGGUUACAAAAAGCAGAGGAGUCUAUUCUUCUUAAAAGGUCAUUUGAGGCAUUCUUCCUCAAGGCGUAUGCAUUAGCAGACUCUAGUCAAGACCCGUCUUGUUCUUUGUCGGUUAUAUCGCUCCUUGAAGAUGCAUUGAAGUGCCCGUCUGACCGACUUCGCAAGGGUCAGGCUUUGAACAAUCUUGGAAGUGUAUAUGUUGACUGUGGGAAUCUAGACCAAGCAGCAGAUUGCUACAUGAACGCUCUUGCAAUAAAGCACACCCGAGCCCACCAAGGCCUUGCUCGGGUCCAUUUCCUAAGGCAUGAUAAAGCUGCAGCAUACAAGGAAAUGUCAGAGCUUAUAGACAAGGCUCAGAACAACGCUUCUGCUUAUGAGAAGAGGUCGGAAUAUGGUGAACGCGAACAUGCAAAGUCCGACCUGGAAAUGGUUACACGCUUGGAUCCAUUCCGCGUUUACCCCUACAGAUACCGCGCUGCAGUGUUGAUGGACAAUCUGAAGGAGAAGGAAGCCAUAGCGGAAUUAUCAAGGGCAAUUGCCUUUAAAGCGGACCUUCACCUUCUACACUUAAGGGCAGCAUUCCACGAGCAUAUUGGUGAUGUGAUGGGGGCUUUACGAGAUUGUAGGGCUGCCCUCUCGGUGGACCCCAAUCAUCAAGAAAUGCUUGAGCUCCAUAGCCGAGUUCACAGUCAAGAGCCAUGACCAGGAUUGAACAAGAACAGCACCAAGUCAAGUCAAAAGUAAAGAAAUAUGUGUACUUAAAAAAUGGUUUGUUUUGGUUUCAAUUCUAUGUAAUAUGCUUACUAUAAAUUUUUGUCAAUAUAAUUAUUAAUACUCGCAAAUUAUUUGUUGCUCAA